AUAAUAUUUAAGUCAGAAAAUGGAGCUCAACAAAUUGAUCUUUCCGAUCCCAAAACCUAGCUAUACUGUGGAAAAUUUUGAAGGCAAACUCUUCUAUAUCCCUCAAAAAGGUGAUUUUAGGAAGCAUAAAUAUGGGGUCUGAGGGAGAUACAGGCGGAGAUCCAAGCAAAAUCUCCUUGAAGAAAAAUCCUUACAGAUGCUUUACCAUACACCUCCAGUGAAACUGAAGCUCCCUAAACCAAAAGUGGAAGAAUCCUUUUGAAACCAAACAGAUUCAAGUGUAGAGCUUGAUCUGAGCGAAGUCACUGGCCAGGGGGAGAUCAACAUCCCUUCUUUCUCCAAAACUUGAAGUCCUUUCAAAUGAAUAACUCAAGCUUACAACUCGACUUCACCAAAGAAGCCAUUUCGCAAGAGUCCAAAAUCUUCAGUAGAUCUCAGUUGCCAAAUAAUCGAGAACUUCAAGGGUUUUUCAAGCUCCAAAUAAAAUAGACAAUGUGAUCCCAUGUUUGUUCCUCAGAUGCAAGAAUGAAACCAAUAAAAUGCUGGUGUACUUUCACGGCAAUAGUGAGGAUCUAGGCCAGUCAUACAGCUUCAUUAAGAACUUGCAAUAUUCAAUCAAUAUGCAUAUUUUGAUAGUCGAGUAUCCUGGAUAUGGGGUCUACAAGGGAGUUCCUAAUGAGGACAAUGUCCUCAAUGACUCUACCAGAGUCAUUGAGUUUGUUCUCAAGGUUCUCAAGUGGAAGACCCAAGACAUCAUUGUCAUGGAUAGGUCUAUUGGGACCGGACCAGCUUGAUAUUUAGCAUCUAUAUAUCAUCUAGGUACCCUAGCUUUGAUAAGUCCUUAUACAUCAAUCAGAGGAGUCAUCAAAGGUAUGCCCUUAGGGCGUCUUUGCCAAUUCUUAGUAAAGGAGAGAUUUAAUAACUCAGAACACAUUGCAAAAGUAGCUUGACCUACUUUUAUACUGCAUGGAAAAUAAAGAUAAUAUAAUUCCUUCUGAGCAUGGUGAAGAGUUAGCCUUAGCCUGCUCAGCUCCAACAUGUCUGAUCUUACCUACAGACAUGACCCACAACCAAUUUGUUUAUUACGAUGACUUCCUGAGCCCAUUCAAGAACUUUCUCUUAUCUCAGAAUAUCAUCACAAGAGACCACUUUUGCUAUUCUUCAAGCAAAAAUAAUCAAAAUUAUUGAGAAAAAUCCAAACAAGAGAGUGAUGGCCUAGAUCCAACUAAGCUUCUAAAAUCCCUAAAACAAUCAAACUAUCGUUUUGAGUGAGUAAUUUCAGAAGAGAGUAAGGAUUCGUUUGACUUUGAAGACUCCUUCCAUUCCUAUGAUAUGAGCUCGAUGAGGUACACUCCAGCUCAUUCUGGAGAGAAAGUGAAAAGGAAGUCCCUCAUCCUUCGCAAAAAUUCCUUUUUCAACUUAUAAUUCAC